ACUGUGUUCACUGGGAAGAGUUCUGUUUGUACAUUAGCCUUGAAAUAAAGGUAUUUUCUGUUUAAAUCUGUAUUUGGGUCCUGCCUGCUUCACUCAACCCUGACAACAUCAUCUUUAAGUCAGAAUUCAGUUUUUUUUUCUCAGAAUCAAAGUGUUUUUUUUACUUUCAGUCACAUCCCAAAACAUUGUCCUAAUGUGGCCCUAAUCCUCUUCCGUACUUUUUCACUACAGUUAGGCGACAGUUAGGUGUUAGAUAACAGAGGGCGUUGGUGUAGACAUAUAAAGACUUAAUGAGAAGUGAAUAGGAGCGGCAUCCGUUGGUAGAUAACACACCUGAAAAACAGAGGGGCAGGUAGUUUUCCUGUUAACGUCAGAGAAGACCUUUGAACAAGAAGCUCCCCCUCUGCAUUUUGACCCAGAACACAAAGCUGAACCGCAGGGAGACAAAUCGUGUCUUAAGACAACAUCAAGGGUGGGGUAUUUACCUGGUAAAGCUAGUAUUUGAUGAAUUAUGGAUGAAUGCCGGUGACUCUCGGGUAAGUUACCUUUGUAUGUCAAUUUAAUUACGUUAUCCUGUGUGCACAAUUGGUCCGGUCAACAAUGUCUUUCUUAGUCUGAAUUCAGUUUAAAGGUGUUUCCAUACUAUGAGUGAUAUUUUCGAACAUUGACAAGAAUUUAUGAAGGUUUUUGUCUAAUUGUUGGACUUGUUUGUUUUAUUUACACUGGCAAUUCCCGGAAAACGCAACAUAACUAGCACUGUUUGUGUCUUUUCUAACUAAACUCUUCCAGAGAAUAGGGGAAUAAAAAAUAUAUAUAAAAUCUAAAUGUUACCAAAUUUGUAAGUGUAUUUUAUUUUGGCAAACUUCUUGAAUGGCUGCUUGUGUUAAUAUUCCAUAGCUUGUACUUUUAGAUCUUAUAUUGUAAAAUAUCAUUUUGGAAUCAACACCAAUAUUAAGCUACCCUAUCACCUCCACUAUCUCGAAAGUUAAAAGAAAAGCACUGCCAUACCUAGAUGGGCGAAUUUGAACCAAUGAGAUUCAAUGAGAAUUGUUUCAAUAAGUAAAAUACUUCCUCUUCUUUUCUCAGGUGCCGUUUCAUUCAUGAAAAAUCAGCUGCUGCCACGUUCUUUCACAAGAGAGAUCACCUUACACUGAGCCUUGACCCCAGCGUUUUUCAACAAUGCGACAUCUUCAGAGGAUGAGGAGUGUUUUCAAAUGUGUGCUCUUUGUUCCCAUCACACUCUGUGCUAUCUACUUAAUAUCUCCAUCUGUAAAACUUUUAAUAGGCUUCAUACCUAUGGAGAAAUGCCAUUUGGAAAGUGCAAAAUAUCUGGACAGCAGUGUGGACGCCAGCCUCAAUCUUCAGUCCAGACCUGAUGUGCAAACCUGUACAUAUUGGAAAGCUGCCAUCAUCUGGGAAGGGCUGUUUGACGCCCGCCUCUACGACGAGAUGCACAAGAUGAAAGGAUCGUCUGUGGCUCUAACAGUCUUUGCUGUGGGCAGAUACCUUGAUGCUUACCUACACACAUUCCUGAACUCAGCCGAGCAACACUUUAUGGUGGGUUUGCCCGUGACCUACUACGUGUUUACGGACAUGCCAGAGAAGGUGCCUAACAUCAAGUUGUCUCCUCUGAGAAGCAUGAAGGUGAUCAAAGUGGAGAAGAACUCCAGGUGGCAGGACAUCUCUAUGAUGCGAAUGAAGAGCAUAUCAGAUGUGAUAGAGUCUGAUAUUCGCCACCACUGCACGCACGUCUUCUGCUUUGAUGUGGAUCAGGUAUUUACCGGCAGAUUUGGAUCAGAGGCUCUUGGGGAUUCAGUGGCUCUGCUCCACGCCCACUACUACCACCUUCCAAAGUAUUUGUACACCUACGACCGCAACCCAAACUCCAAGGCGUACAUGAAAACUGGGGAUUUUUACUACCACGCUGCCAUCUUCGGAGGCUCGUGGAAGAAUGUGAAAGCGUUGACCGAGGCCUGCUAUCAGGGCAUCAUGGAGGACAAACGGAACAAUGUGGAAGCUCUGUGGCACGAUGAGAGCCAUCUGAACAAGUACAUGCUGCUCCACAAACCCAGCAAGGUUCUCUCUCCAGAGUACUGCUGGGAUACCAGCAUCGGUUUCAGGCGCGACAUACAAGUCACCCGAUUACUGUGGGCACCAAAAUAUUAUGACACACUUCGCACACCUUAAAAACUUGACAAAUGCUAACAAAUGUAAUGUCUCAGGUUCUCGUGCUCCCUGGCUCAUUUUGUUCUCUCAGGAAUUACUUUGCAGAUCUGCAAGUAUUUUCAUAAUGGAGUGACAACUUCUUAUAUAAAUACACGCUUUUAUUUUACCCGGAUAUCAAAUGUUUUUGUUGCAUCUGGUUACAGAUGUAUAUAAGUCAACUUUUUACAUGUUUGAUCAAACUGUCUGCACUUGUUGAUCCAGCUUAUUUAUUUGUAUGUCACUUUGCGAAAUGCCACUCUAUCUCUGUUUUUAACUGAUAGUUAUUGACACUCAAAUGUUGUCAAAUUUUUUAUACAUCUCAAUAGCAGUGGAGAGCCGUGACUUUUCUACCUAGGCCCUCUGACCCCACCCCCCUCUUCCCUCGAAAAAAAAAAGAAAACAUUUUUACGUCACAGCCUAUACUUCAGCGGAAUAUCAAAACAGCG